AUGCAAGCCAUCCGCAUCCACCCAUCACAAUCACCAUCAACGCCCUACUCCCCAACAAACCCAGCCCCAUCAACGGCCCUGCACAUCGACAAAAUCCCCAUCCCAAAACCACCCCCAGGCCACCUCCUAAUCCGCACAAAAGCAUCAACCAUAAUCCGUGACAUGCUCACAUGGCCCGAAUACUACCACCAAGAAAACACAAUCCCCGGCCAUGACUUCUCAGGCAUAGUAGUCGACCCCAACGACUCGUCUUUCUCCGCCGGCGCCGAAGUCUUCGGCAUGGCACAUGCAAACCGCGCCUCGACGUGGGCCGAGUACGCCGUUGUCAAGAGCGCCGAAACAGCGCGCAAACCGGCUAUCAGCUUUGAGGAGGCUGCGGCGCUACCGCUGAGCGCGCAGACGGCGUACGAGGCGCUGUUUGUGCAUGGCGGCCUUGGUCUUCCGGCUAGAUUUGCGCGCGAACGCGUAGAUAAGGCCGAGGAAGAUGAGCAGCGUCAGGAGCGUAAACAGCGCGUUCUUGUCACUGGCGCGGCGGGUGGUGUGGGGUUGUUUGUCGUACAGCUUGCGAGUUGGGCGGGCGUCCAUGUUGUUGCGGCUAGUGGAUCGGUUGAGAGGAAUGGGGAGUUUUUAAGAGGGCUUGGUGCCGAUGAGAUUGUUGAGUAUGGGAAUGAUGUAGGCAACUUUGAUCUUGUUGUUGAUUGUGUUGGUGGAGGUGUUUUGGAGAGGUGUUGGGAGGUUUUGAAGGAUGGUGGUGUUUUGGUUUCUGUUGAUUCGGCAAGCUUUGAUUUUGUGGAGGUGCAUCGAAGUCGUGGGAUUGCGAGGGAGGGAGUCAAGGCACUGUUUUUUAUUGUUGAGGGGAGUGCGGAGGUUUUGGGUAUUAUUGGGGAUUUGGUGGAUCGGGGAAUUUUGAAGUCGUUUGUUGCUGCUAGUUUUCCGUUUGAGAGAGUGCAAGAGGCUUAUGAUUAUGCCAAUGGGAGGUAUGAGGGAAGAGGAAAGGUCGUGCUUACCAUCUGA